GCGCAUCGGCAAACCGCAGUAGCGCGACUCGGCCCGAACGGCUCACACGAUGUCCGCGCUCGUGAUCGCCGCUGCCCUGCUUUGCGCGUUUGCCGGCCACCUUGGUGCCGGAGCUAGUCUUCACUGCGCUAUGAGAAGAGAAAUUUCACCAUGUACAUGCAGACGCGAGGAUAUUGGUACCGGUGCCAUCCUUGUCAUCUGUCAACGUAUCAGCACCUAUGAGGAUAUCGCGAAGGCCCUCACCAACAAGUUCAGUCCCGAGACCAAAAUCGGUCUCGAUAUAUCGAAUUCGGAGCUACCCGAUUUCGCUGACCACAGUUUUCGGGAGCUUGGACUCUCUAUCACGAAGCUCAAACUCAACUUCGACAACUUAAGUGAAUUAAAAGAAAGUGCAUUUACUAAGUUGGAUCUAGUUGACUACUUCAGCUUGGCCGAUAAUUCGUUGUCUGAGAUGCCGCGACAUGUUCUCAGACAUCUUCCUCAUGUCAAGACAGUCGACUUAUGCAGGAACAAGAUAACUAAGUUGACGGAAGAAGAUUUUAAAGACAUUCAAGAAGUGGAACACUUGCUUGUUGCUGAUAAUCAGAUAUCAAAGAUUGAAAGACAUGCAAUACCUAAACGGUUAAAGCACGCUCAUCUUGGUGUCAACAAACUAAACUCUUUAAACGGAGCUCUGCGUGAUUUAGAUAGUUUGGAUUGGAUAUUUAUAAACGCUAAUCAUUUAAAGUCCAUUGAUAACGAACUUCCUGUGAAGGCUAAAAAGAUUGUUCUCAUACACGCUGCACACAACGAGCUUACGAACUUACCAAAAGAUCUUCGACAAAUGCCGUCCCUGGAGUCUUUGUACUUUUACGAUAACAAUAUAAAGUCACUUGAUGGUGCUUUACAAAAAUCGAGAAGAUUAAAGACAAUAAGUUUAUCUUUCAAUAAGAUUGAAUCACUAGCUGAAGAUGAGUUUUCUGAAGCAGAAAUGUUAGCAGAUUUAGAUAUCGGCUAUAAUCAGUUAAGAUCUUUAAAUGGCUCCUUAAGAGCCUUAAGAUCACUUCGAUAUCUGAACUUGACUCACAAUUUUCUUACUGAAUUUUCUUUACAAGAAAUCAAAGGCUUAAGGGGAUUAGCCGUUAUUGACCUUUCUCAUAAUAAAAUAACAAAAAUUUCCGGCAGUAUAGAGAAUUUGGUGGACGUUGAAACACGCGUAAUGGAAUUGCGGUUGAAUCAUAAUCACAUACUUAAUUUAGGCGGUGCUUUAAUGGGCUUACGAGGGCUCUUGAGACUUAAUUUAAGUCAUAACCAAUUACAAAAAAUAUCGUCUGAUGAUCUCAUUGGUUUAGAAGACCUUAGAUUACUUGAUGUGUCUUACAAUCAUAUAACGACAAUGGCGGAUACCUCAAAGGCAUUUUUACCGUCACUUGAAGAACUCAUUGCUCAUCACAAUAAUGUAACAACUUUGGAUAAGGAUUUCCACGGCUUUCCAUCGCUCUGUAUCGCAGAUCUUUCUUAUAAUGAAAUUCAGUCUGUUAACUAUGAAGUUGUGUCGAAAUCGAGAUGUACAAUUAAUGGAGUUCCCAGUAUUUUGAAAAUUUAUCUUCAAGGGAACCCUGUUCUCUGCGAUGAGCGCCUGUACGAGUUAGUAGCUUUAUUGGAGAAUCUAAAUGCACGUGUCAGCGGCGUUUCAACCUGCGUGGCAGCUCAGACUUCAGCCCCAGUUUUAAUGCGUGCCCUUAAUGAUAUAGUACCAGAUGCGCCAGUAAUCGUUGUCACACACAUGGGGACCGGGCUUCGAGUUUUGCAAAGAGAAAUGCAACAGUCACAGCUUCCGUCAGCUUAUCGCCGCGUGGGGGCGCUCAUUGGACACGUUUUACCGGAGAGAGAAGGUGGAUUGCCUGUCCUGGUUGAGCCACCAGUCACGCUCCCACCGUCUAACACCAAUGUGGUAGUUAAAUGGCCGGAUGUCAAGCGGGAACAGCCACACCCUCUUGCCGAUCACCUUCGCCUUCGUGACCUAAACUCUUCACCGCAGUGAACUCGGCUAGGCCCGGAGCCGCGCACUGACGGCAAAGAACUGAGUGCUUGGCCUUAGAAAAUAUAGUGCCUUUGUUCUACCGGGUAAAAGGCCUUGUAUUAGUCGGGUGCACAGUUUAAUUUUUUGUAAGCUCUCAUGGUGUAUAUAUACAGUCAUAAUAAUAGAAUCAUAGUUCAUUUUUUGUUCAUACGAAUGAGAAGCGGCCUCUGGCAAUAUGCACUUUAACAAGUGUAGAUGUCUUGAUGUGUAGAUAACUAAAUCUCAUCGAUAGCGGAUGAGUGUGUAUCCGACCUUACAGUUUGUUAUGCAUUCGAACAGUCUUAUAUUAGAACAAUUAAUACCAAAAAUUAUUGUUGUAUUUUUUAAAGUAUAAAAAUAUCGCACUCCGAGCAACAACCCAUGUGUGUAAACAUUGAAGUAGUACCUAAAAUAAUUUAUGUAACGUAAUAUUAUUAAUUUUAGAGAAAUAGGUGUUAAUUUAUAUUUGUGAUUAACUAUAUUUAGAGGCAACACAAUAUUUAUAAAGCGUUCGUACAAUAUGUCUCGUCUGUUCCCUUCCUUCUAGAACUGUUACAGAAUCUCUUGCUGUUUAACUCUUCUAUUUGAACUUUGUUUGCUUUAAUGUUAUAGCUUAGAAUCCUUCCCAUUUUAAUUUCAUAUACCUACUUAUAACGUAGUAAUUUUCACAUUUAAUCGAUCUUCCGGUGGGACGUUCGAUGUUUCUAGCUGUAAUUGCCACUAUAUGGUGAUAAAAUAACGAAUGUAGUUGUUGUUUGAAAUAAAUAAUACAUAAUAAA